CCACAGACCAUGGACUCGGACCAGCGAGAUAGGCCGCGAUAAACCCGAAAGUCACCAGCACCGCCGCGCAGUGUUGCGAUCGGCGCUUUUUCUCCGUCUUUCCGACCAUUAUCACUGUUAUCAUCGCCAACAUUAUUAUUAUUGUUAUUAUUAUUCAGAAAAUAUAUUUUUGCAAUAUACCUUAACGUCUUGCCCGCGCACAUCCGAGCAGUGCCGUCGUCAUGCAUCCAGUCCGAAGUCAACCGACGUCGCCGCCGUUAUUUAUUUUAUUGGUGUCCGUGUCGACGGUGCUUCAGACGACAAUUACUUUGGCACAAACGCCAAGUGUCAUUGACGAAGCCAUAUUAGAAGUUUUCCCGGCGCCACCAGAUGAAACUUCGUCGGUCUCACCUAAUAGUGGAAUAGACAAUGGCCAACCAGAACAAGGGGCCUGUACAUGUGUACCGUACUAUUUGUGUACCAGCAAUCAGUCGAUUAACACUGAUGGCACUGGAUUGAUCGACAUAAGGUUCGUUCCGGAUCCUAUUAGAAUUAAGGAUGGUCCGUGUUCCAAUUACUUAGAAGUGUGUUGCAAUAAUCCUAUUUCUCCUUCGGAAACGACUACUCAAUCCCCAACAAGUUACAAAGAGACCUACGCAGGAUGCGGUCAUUGGAAUUCCGGUGGAGUGGGAUUCAGAAUAACUGGACAUAGCAACAACGAGGCGCAAUUCGGCGAAUUCCCUUGGAUGGUGGCUAUACUCAAGGAAGACCACAUUAAUCAAGGAAAAGCAUACGUGUGCGGCGGAUCGCUAAUCCACCCCAGUGUCGUGUUAACGGCCUACCAUUGCUUACACGAUCAUAUAAAAGAUCAGGCAAAAUUGGUAAUUCGUGCAGGCGAAUGGGAUUCGCAAACAGAAAAUGAACUUUUUCCGCAUCAAGACGGCCGAGUGUUGAAAAUAGUGCAACACGAGAAAUAUUACGGCGGUGCCCUGUACAACGACGUAGCUCUCAUAUUUUUAAAGGAUCCGUUUAUGCUUAAAGAAAACGUCGGCACAAUUUGUCUUCCCUCACAGGACUUCUACUUCCAAACAGAACGGUGUUUCGCUAGUGGUUGGGGCAAGGACGUUUUCGGUAAAGUCGGGUCUUACCAAGUCAUUUUGAAAAAAGUUGAAUUGCCUAUCGUACCACGCGUACCUUGUUUAGAUGCGUUAAAACGCACUCGACUCGGGCCCAAUUUCAAGUUGCACGAAAGUUUCCUUUGCGCCGGAGGAGAAUCUGGCAAAGACACUUGCAAAGGAGACGGUGGUAGUCCAUUGAUGUGUCCUAUGCCUGAGAAAACCGAACAAUACCAUCAAGCCGGUAUAGUGGCGUGGGGAAUAGGCUGUGGAGAAGACAAGACUCCCGGAGUAUACGUGAACGUCGCCCUGUUCAGACAUUGGAUAGACAGACAGAUGAAAAAACACAAUUAUGAUACAAGAUACUACGACUCGAAUUACAAAGGAACAUAUAAUUAGACCGGUAUAUAAUAAAACAAUUUACCGACGUCUAAUUGUAAUAAGGAGACAAGUGACACUAUUUAUUUAAAUUUUAACAGUAUUUUUUUAGUUACAAACAUAUUUUAUAAUAUUAUUUAUACUAGUUAUCACAUAUUAAAUUGUUGAUUUUAUUCAAAAAUGUUAUUUAGUAUUCAAUAUUUUUUCGUUUUCCUAUUUAUUAUAUUACACUAAUAAUUAUCAUGAUGUAGGUUCAUGUAUUGUAAUCGCAAAAUAUUAUAU